CCUCCGGUUCCCCCCCUCUCCGGCAUCGCCGCCGCCCCCUCCUCCCCACCCUCUGCCCCGCCGCGUCCCCGCUCCUACCGCCACAGCCAGCUCUAAGAUGCCCCGCUAUGAACUGGCUUUGAUCCUGAAAGCCAUGCAGAGGGGUUGGUACAGUAGGCCUCACUAAACUUAGCUGCAACUAAGAAUUUCUCCUACAUCAACUGAGUUAAGGCUGAUGCUCUUGUGGAAUGUGGAUUAAAAGUGCGUGCUAAGUUCCAAAUUUCCAUUUGAGAAGCGGAGAAAGUAAAUGUGCCACAACCACCAGCAUCAGGACAGCAAACCAAGGGACAAAGAAUUUGAUCCACAGUGUUGAUAUAUGUUAACUGGUUCACGUGUUGCUUAACAGACGUUUGCUGGGGGGCGAGAAGUGGACGUCAGCUGUGCGAAGUCAUUUUGUUUACAGAAAUGAGGGCUUCUUUGGAAACAGCAGACAUUGCCAUUGUGGCACUGUACUUCGUGCUUGUAAUGUGCAUAGGUUUUUUUGCCAUGUGGAAAUACAAUCGGAGCACCGUAAGUGGCUACUUUUUGGCAGGGCGUUCUAUGACCUGGGUGGCUAUUGGUGCAUCUUUGUUUGUGAGCAAUAUUGGAAGUGAACAUUUCAUUGGGCUCGCAGGAUCUGGAGCGGCGAGUGGAUUUGCAGUAGGUGCAUGGGAAUUCAACGCCUUAAUGCUUUUGCAGCUUUUAGGAUGGGUCUUCGUUCCAGUCUACAUCCGGUCGGGAGUGUACACCAUGCCUGAAUACUUGUCCAAGCGUUUUGGAGGGCAUAGAAUUCAAAUAUAUUUUGCAGCAUUGUCUCUAAUUCUUUAUAUCUUCACCAAACUCUCAGUUGACUUGUAUUCAGGGGCACUUUUUAUUCAAGAAUCGCUAGGUUGGAACCUCUAUUUGUCAGUUAUCCUCCUUAUUGGAAUGACUGCACUGUUGACUGUGACUGGAGGUCUUGUGGCUGUCAUCUAUACAGACACCCUUCAAGCUUUGCUUAUGAUUAUUGGUGCCCUCACACUUAUGAUCAUAAGUAUUACGGAGGUUGGUGGGUUUGAAGAAGUUAAAAGAAGGUACAUGUUAGCGUCACCAAAUGUUACGUCUAUCUUGUUAACCUACAACAUUUCCAAUACCAAUUCCUGCAAUGUCAACCCAAAGCCUGAUGCUCUUAAAAUGUUGCGUGAGCCAACAGAUGAAGAUAUUCCCUGGCCUGGAUUUCUGUUGGGACAGACACCAGCUUCUGUGUGGUACUGGUGUGCCGAUCAAGUCAUAGUUCAGAGAGUUUUAGCUGCAAAAAACAUUGCUCAUGCCAAAGGAUCCACUCUGAUGGCAGGCUUCUUAAAGUUGCUGCCAAUGUUUAUUAUAGUUGUCCCAGGGAUGAUUUCACGAAUACUGUUUGCAGAUGAUAUCGCUUGCAUUAAUCCGGAACACUGUUUUCAAGUCUGCGGGAGCAGAGCUGGAUGCUCUAACAUAGCCUAUCCACGUUUGGUGAUGAAACUGGUGCCAGUUGGUCUGCGGGGACUGAUGAUGGCUGUGAUGAUUGCUGCACUAAUGAGUGACUUGGACUCCAUAUUCAACAGUGCUAGCACCAUAUUCACACUUGAUGUCUACAAACUCAUUCGGAAGAGCGCGACGUCUAGAGAACUGAUGAUUGUAGGAAGAGUCUUUGUUGCAUUCAUGGUGGUUAUAAGCAUUGCCUGGGUGCCGAUAAUUGUAGAAAUGCAAGGUGGUCAGAUGUACCUUUAUAUUCAAGAGGUAGCGGACUACUUGACCCCACCGGUGGCUGCUCUGUUUCUUAUGGGUAUCUUUUGGAAGCGUUGCAAUGAGCAGGGGGCUUUCUAUGGUGGAAUGGCCGGGUUUGUUCUUGGAGCGAUACGGUUGAUACUGGCAUUUAUCUAUCGUGCUCCGGAGUGUAACCAGCCGGAUACUAGGCCAAGCUUUAUCAAAAAUAUCCAUUACAUGUAUGUUGCAACAGCUCUGUUCUGGAUCACUGGCAUUGUGACCUUUGUAGUAAGCCUUCUCACGCCUCCACCUACGAAGGAGCAGGUUCGGACGACCACUUUCUGGGCAGUGAAAAACAGGAAUGUGAAAGAGAAUGCUGCAAAGGGGGAGCUGUACAAAGUGCAAGAAAAGAGCAUCCUGAAGUGCAAUGAAAACGCUAACCACAUCAUUCCAAAUGGCAAAUCAGAAGAAAAUAUUAAAAAUAUUAAGCCAGAGGAUAUCAAUCUUCUGGUUACUUGCAGAGAUGACAGCAACCCAGUGAUUUCUGUGAGUCACUCUGAAGUUGAGACACCAGUUGAUUGUUACUCAAAUGGACAAGCAGCUUUGAUGGGGGAGAAAAAGCACGAGGAAGAGACUGAUGAUAGAGACAGACAUUUGAAAUUCAUAGAUUGGUUCUGUGGCUUUAAAAGUAAAAACAUGAACAAGAGAGCUCUUCGGGAGAUGGAGGAAGAGACUGUUUGUUUACAAAUGCUGGAAGAGACUCCAAAAGUUAAACUAUUACUAAAUACUGGACUGGUCUGUGUCUGUUCGCUUGGAAUAUUCAUGUUUGUCUAUUUCUCUUUGUGAGUGAGUAGUGAACUUUUAAGGGUAUGGCUAAACAUACAGAAGUUGAUACAGGUCUCUGGAGAUUUUGUUUGUUUUGCAUUUUUGGUUAUUUGUUUUUUUUUUUCUUUUCAAAUAACAGUAACUGCAACUGAGGCAUUGUUUACGCUAUAAUUGUAAGAUCAAAUCAACUCUAGCCUAUGUAGAGACCAUUUGAGACAUGUUGUCCUAUCUCUCCUGAAAGCAGAAUGUGUCAUGUGAUGUCUUUUUCUUUUCCCUUUUGUCCUCCCCCCCCCUUCCUCCACUUGCAGUACUAACCUUUUGUUUUCCCAUGUAUACAUGUAUAAAUAUACCAAAGGCAGGCAGGUGGCUGUGUUUGAAGUCAGGCGGUUACAGAGCUCAGUCAGCAUUAAGGUGAUGCUAACAAGUAAUCAUUUACCAGUGUGUAAAAUCUAAAUGAUUAAAACUGUGUCAAAAUAUUAUUUUUUUUUUAAAUGUAGGGCUGUGAUGCAUAUUGCUGUGCAGUUGUUCUUUGUAACAUAGCUGUAUUACUUUUGCCAAUUCGGCACUUUUUAAUUUUGCUCACUGCUUCUAGGUUUGUUUUGUUGGUUUUUUUCCAGUUUUUCAUUUUUCUUACGUCAACAACAGGAAGAUAUUUUGUCUCAUCUUUAGCACUUAAAACAUGAUAGCUGUUAGAGCUUUUUUUUUACCUAAGAAAAUUUGCCUUUUGACUUCUAUCCACUGUAAAUUCCAUUACUGAAAAGUUGCUGUAUUUAAAAAAACACAAACAAAAACUAACCAAAAAAAAUUCCAAACCCAAAAACCAAACCAAAACUCUGGAGGUGAUAAGACUGGCAAUGGAGGAGAUGGGGAGAAAAGAAAAAAAAGGAAUGCUUUUUAUUUGGGUUUUGUACUAUAUUGAAAUAGAAGAGUACCUAUUCAGCUUUUUCAGUCUGCAAAACUUUAGACUAUAAUUAGGGUUAGCCUCUUCUAGAGAAAAAAUUGUACAUAGGUUCCAUCAUGGGGGGGAAAAGUGUGAGACUUCUAAUGUCUUCACUUUGGUAAGCACACUGAAAAAUAACUCUGCCUCUGCUGUGUAUGUCUAGAAAGAAAUACUCUGCAGCCCUACCGUUGCUGCAUACUGAGCCUGUAAGGCUAGAAAAACAAGUGGGAAGACAAGAGUAAGGGCAAGUGGGGAAAGAAGUGGAAGUGGUCCUUAUUCUCCAGAGUCCUUUUGCCUCAUGUCUUCUCCCACUUCCCCUUUCACCCUGUCAAACUUUUUUUUUUUUUUUUUUUUUUUUCCCCUUACGGAAUGACUACUGAGGGAUUUUGUGUCAGGAGAUAAGGAGCACGUGCAGUCAUAAUCUGUGUUGGCAAUUGAGGUCUGCCUUUAUGAUUCUUUGAAAAAAGUUAAACUUUUCCCAGGUGUUCAUAGAUGAUCAGUAGGCCUCGAGAUCCUGAGGUUCCUUUCUCCUGAAGGAUGGAUGCCACAGACAGGGAUGAACAGUUUCUGGGUAUGGAGGACAUUCCAGCAGCUUGAUGGAGCUUAGCAGACGGAAAGGUUGCGGAGCUUGGUCCGCUUCCCCCUUGGUAAAGCAGGAGAAUGUGUUGCCAUCGUGGGUGCUCACCUGCUUUUGGACACAGAGGGCAGCUGGCAGUGUGUGGAUGCACUUACAGUAUUAAACUCCUUUAUCCUCCAGGACAGAAUGGUCACAUCCAGGCUUUCCAUGUGAAAAUAAUCCCUCCAGUUGUCUUUGUUCCUGAGCUCGUCUUGGGACUUGUUUGAGAGAGUGUGAACUGGCUAGGCCAAAAACUGUCUGAGGGACCAUGCUGACAGUUCAGCAGCAUCGAUUCAGGGGUCCAACAAUGUUUCCUUGGCCCACCAACAAGAAACAAUUCCUAUGGGUGAAGUAGUUCUGUAGAAAUGAAACUUGGGUUAAUCCUGCCUUUGACUGCUGGAGGAGGUUUGCUUUCCAGUACAAUGGUGCCAUAAAUGGCAGGCCGUCCAAAUAGCUUUUAGUAGUGUGAUGUAUAAUGCAUAUUUUCAGAAAAAAUAACUUUUUACCAUUUUUGUGGGGGUUUUUGUUUUGAUGUCAUUUUUAAGCCAGUUAAAUCCCAUUCAUUCCAAGACUUUAAACAGAGGCUGAGAUGCCCCACCUUUCUCCACUUUUAGUUGUUGCUCCUGGAAAGUAGACUGCUCUUUAACUGGAAAUAAGUGUAGGAACAGUGUUACAAUAUAUGUAGAAGAGAAGAUUUACUGUACUGGAGUCUUGAUGUUAGUAACGGUGUGACAAGACACAUCUUCUUACUGUUUGUGUGGUUGGCUUUGAUCAGAAAAACCAUUUUGAAUACUUCUUAAUGGUAAAAUUGUAGUAUGUGAAAUACAUUAAUGGCAUCUCAAGUUAUUUCAUUAGUGGGCUUAGUUGGGAAGGUCAGUACUGUAAGAAAGGUGUAAAACAUAGUUGAUUAGUUUAUCCUGCAUAAAAACAAUUUAGUACAAAAUUUGGUCUUGGUGGGAUGAAAAAUAACAACUUGUGGAGGGUAAUGAUAGUCUCAGUCCAACAAUAUCUUCUUGAAAAGGCUGGGAUUUGGUUAACAUGCUUAACUUGGCACAGGGAAAGAGAGACUCUUGUACCAGGCACUGUCCCUUAGUAACUUGACACAUUUUUCUAUCGGUGACGGGUACUUGGAUUUUUCUGGACCAAUAUUAAAUGCAUUGCCUCCUAACCUGUGAAGCCAGGUUAGCUCAGGGACCCUUUUGCUUGGCUUGGCUGCCAUUGCUUCAUCUGUGCUUGCUUUUUUCCCAGGGUGCCUUACAUGGUUGUGAAGCUGAAGGCAUGGCUUUUAUUGCCACCUGAAGAGUGAUUUGCUUAUAAUAGCUUUUCCAGCUUGAUCUUCCUCCUCUCUUCCACCCAAGUAAUUUGAUAUUUUAAAGAGAACACUGUUUAAAGAGUUAAUAAAUAGGAUGCUUGAAUCCUGUUAAGUAUAACUCCAGUACAUCCAUAGUGAAAUUUUCCUUUACUGUGGUAGGGAGUCACAAUCCUUCACAAAUGUGCAGUGCAGCCUUUGACUAUUGAAUCUGAGAUACUACAUCUCCCAGCUAAUGUAUUCCCACUUCUGCUAAACUAACAAGUUGCUGCAUUAAUUAGUGUAAUUGGCAGUCAGUCAUGAUGCCAAAACGGCACAGAGUAACUGCUCAGAGACUAUUUUUGUCUUUAAGCAGCAAAGGUCAUUAUUUCAUGCAACGUUGGGGAUCUAGCCGGUUUGCACUGGACAGACUAGCUCCCAAGUUUUCAGUGAAAAGUCAGGUAAUUUAUACAGUUUUCGUGAGAGGUUACAACAUCUUUACAAUAUAUUCGUUCGAUUUUGACAUCUGAUCAUUCUGUUCAUAAUAGGUGGGAUCUAGGUGGAGUAAACCUUUCAACUUUCUUCGUUCAACGAUUUCCUGACUUAUGGUUUCCUUAUCUCCUUCAGGUGCCCACCUUAUCUUUUCUAAUUAUUCGUAGUCCAUUCCUUUCUCAACACAGAGCAUCACCCAGAGCAUUGUACCAAACUCAUCCUGACUAAUCUUUUUAAGACCUUGUUCUGUUUCAGUCAGGAUCUGAAUAAAGUAAUACCUUGCAUCCCCCCUAUCUUUGGACCUGUUAUUUUGAAGAAGCUUUUAAGCAAGUUAUUUUUCUUUUCAGUUGUUUAAAAGUGUAUUUCUAUGCUACUCUCUGCCUAAUGCCAGCCUCUUCAGUCAUAUGCUGUUUUCAUGUCUUAGAGGUCAUAAAAAUUGCUGUUGUUCUUUGCUGUGUAUAACCACUUAAUAAAAGGCCUUCAUUUGAGGGGAAAAAAAAAAGGCUUCAAGCAAACUGUCUAUAUUGGUGAGCAAGUACCUUGCCUAGUGUAAUGGACCUUAGUGUAAGAAGUUGCUUGAGGAUUUUUUUUUUAUAGCGUAAACAUGCCUUUGCUAAUCUGCUGAUCAUGAUCUUUGUGGAAGAGGUGUUAACCCAGGUUAAUACAUUUUGGUUUAAACACCAACUUUUCUGUCCAGCAAAACUACAAAGGGUCUCCCAUAAGGACAAUCAGUUGCAUAAAUCUUAAUGCCUGGCUACUGCUUCCUCAGUGGGACUGGCUAGUCAUGCAGGGGUAGAUCCAGGAGGAUGAGCGCUUCUGUCUUGCAGAGAUUAGUUUAUUUAUUGCCUUGAGCUUAGAAUGGCACUCUUGGAAAAACUUAUUUUGGAAUGACACUUUUUUUUUCUAUUUCCCUUAACUUAUUUUUCUGUUAAGAUAUUUGAAUUUUCUCCCAGAAAUUUAUUUGAAGCCUUUUAUUUAAAAAAAAAAACAAACCACAAAACAAACAACCCCCCCAAAAACCCAACAACAACAAAAAAAGGCUUCUUGGGAGCUUAGUAGUACAUUCUGGGAGACUAUUCUUAUUUAAUUUUUUUUUUAAUGACUGAUUUGAUGCUAUUCUCUGCCAAACUUUAGGGAUUUUUUUUGUUAUUUUUGUGAUUUUUUUUUUUCCUGUUGGGUUUUAGUAAUACCUGAAAGGAAACGGUGAGAGAUUGUAAGAAACUAAAAUGGCCUUCAGUAUACCGCUUGUGUAUUUUAUACUUCUCCACUUCUGUGUUCCCCUUUCCACCUUAAUCCCAGAAGGGCCAGCAUGAGACUUCUGAUGUAAGUCAUGAGUACUGUAACUGAGUAGUGAAGAGGAUUUAUCACAAGGUUACAGUGAAGCGGGCAGAGCCAUCAAAGGGUCUCUGCACGAGCACUUAAAGCUUACAACUUUGAAACAUACAGCUUUAUUUUUUUUAUAUAUAUAUUUUUUUAAAUCCUAAGAUAAAGGAGGUGUUGGGAGAUGCUCCCUUUCAGAGAACAGGAUACAUGGAAGAAGUUGGAGUUUCUAAGCUCUAGCUUUCUUGAGGAAAUCUUUGGAUUUAGCAUGUAUAGCAAAGCAAAAAUACUCAUCUGUUAAUUUGGUAUUCUGUAUGUUCUGUGCCCUUAAACGUAAUUGUUUUGAAAAUAAAACUAACCUUGUUAUGUGAUGUUAAAAAGCAGACUUGUGUGCAAUGUUUUACAAAAUUUUUUUUAAGAAAAUGUUUGUAUAUAAUUAAAUGGUUUAAUGUGCUUUAAUUGGCCUAAGGUAAAGAGUAGUCCUAGAAUGUAAACAUAUAUAAUUAGGAUUCUGAUUUCACUGUGAGAUCUCUGAACUCUCUUGUUUUGCAAAGUGGUUUGUUUUGUUUACAAAACACUUUCUAUUAUUUCUUUUAUGGUGUUGGUUUAAAGGCAUUUGCUUCACUUCUGUUCUAAUAUUGAAUUCAUGGUAUAGUGACAUCUGGUGACACUUAGCAUUAUCAGUUUCACUGUGUAAAGUCAGACACUUUGAGCAAAAAUGGUAAUGAUAUGACAAUUCUCUGUGUCUAUAAAUACACGUUUUUAAAUGAGGUGGUUAUAAAAAUAGUUGCUGUGCAAAAUGUUAGUAGUCUUCUUCAAGAAGAAAGCAAAUUUUCUAAUAUCACUAGGGCAGUCUCUUCAUUCAUCAUCUUAUUUUUAAAGCACAGUGUCAAAGUGAUGCUGCUUUACCUUGUAUCUCUGAUAUGUUUUUUUAGAUAUCUGUGAAGUAUUUUUGGUUUUUGUUGCUGUUGUAUUUUUUCUGCAGAUUUUAUAUAAAAUACCAGUUAAUGAACUGCCUUUUUGGGUUUUUUGUUGUUUGUUUUUUUUAACUAUUCAACUAAAAUACAUUUCAGACCAAAACCAAAUGAUAUCAUAUAGCAUUUGAAACUUGCCUUUUUGCUUGUCCCUUGUUUUUUUGAAAUAAGCCAAAUGGGCAUGUAGAUAAGAUCACUAUAAAGGAUCCAGGUCUCUUUUGGUAAAGUGUUAUUUAAAGGUCUGUUAAGAUCUUAUAAGACAUAUACUGAAAAAAAUUACUGUAGUAGGAAUAUAGAUUUAGAAGUGUUAAUGAGAUUAAUACAGCUUAAUUAUAUUGUAAGUUGCUACUGUCCUUAAUGACAAGCUUUUUGUCAUAGAAACGAUGUAUGAUAAAUUAAUUUUGGUCUAGUGUAUAGAAUCAUCAUAUUGCUAUAAACCUUUGAAGUAAAUCUGAUGCAAAAUUUUCAUAGUUAGCAUUGCUGGCCCUGUGUAUACUGUUCUUUGUAUACUGUAUGCAUAUUAUUUUGCCUACUGCAUUAGUCUUCAAACUAAAACUCUUAUUAGAGAGUAUUUGGAUACUUCAGACUGUGUUUCUUGCAGUUUACAUUCCUUUACCAUGGCAUUUUGUCCUGUCUAAAAGUAUUGUAUGGAAAUGUUUAAAACUUCUGUACAAAGUUUCAAUAAAAAUAGAGAAAAAAACC